UGUUUAAUGUUAAAACAGAAUAUAACAAAGUGCAAAAACUUGCAUUUGUAAUUUUGCAAUUUUUUUAAAUUUUAUAAACAAAACUCCGAGCUGGCAGCACUUCGUCGUUGGUUUGUCAUAUGUUGCAAAUGAAAACAAUUUUUUUGUCUCAUCUACGCACACAUUGCAAAUCGUGAGUAUUUAUUUGCAAUUGAAGAACGGAAAAUUUUCACUUUAACCAGAAUUUUGAUACAAGCAGUUUCGCGCUUAACAAUAAAGAGUUUAACGGUUCUACAGUAAAAAGUUCGUGAUUUCUUUGAGUAAAAAAUUAAAAUUAAAUUUUUUUUUAGUUUAUCAAAAUAAAUUCAUUUUUAAAGAAAAUAAAGUGAAAAUGCAAUGAGACACGUUAGUGGAGUUGUGUUAAGCAGUGAGCAUAAAAAGUUUUGUAAUUUUUGAAGCAAUAAUUUAACCCUUUUGUGGAAAAUGAACUCUGACUCAUUUCAUGUUUGCAAAAAUUUAAAAAAAACCAACAAAACUCGUACGCAUUAAAAGAUUCAAAAUAAAUUUGUUGGAUACAAUUUGCAUGAUUUGCUCUCUCCGCAACGAGUAGAGGAAAAACGUUUUUAUUUAUUUUCUUUUGGCAACUUAAUUUUCCGGUAAAGUCGGCAGAGUCUGCAAACAGUAACACGGCGUUCAACUUUAAAAAUUUUGUGAAAAUCAGGAAAAAGAUUUUAUUUUAUUAGAAGUGCAAUAAAUAAAUAAAAGAAAAAACAAGAAAACAAAGCUUCAAAAUGUCUCGUUUAAGUAAUUUGUUUAAUAAUUUUAAAAUGUCAAAUUUAAAGACUAAAAAUUUUAUGUGAUAUUCACCAUUUGAGGCUGACGCAACGGAGAAAAAUGUAUAAACAGUAAAAAAAGUUCCAGAUUUAAUAUUAGAAUUAUCGAUAAAAGUUUCUCAGUGAAACACACAAAAAAAAGAAUUAUAAACUCAUUAAAAAGAUUUUAGGUAAAAAAAUCUUUGUAAAUUACGUUUUAAACUAAAACAAAUACGGAAAAGUGUCCAAGUCUACACCAGCUUUCAGUUUUAAAGAAAGUCUACAAGAAAAUCAGGGGUACAUGCAAGCAGUAUUUAAACUACUUAAUUUUCAUAAAAUCGAGUAAAUAUUAUUAAAUAUCGAAUAAUUAUAUCCUCGUGAAAUAUUAGUUAAAAAUAUAAAAAAUUUGAUUUGUAAUUCCAACUACAUUAUCAAUAGGUUUCAUACGGUCCGGUCAAGUCAUAUAGGAUAAGUAAAAUCAUCGAAAAUAGUUUCAAGUAAAGAAAAAGUUAUUAAAGUGAAAUAAAAUUCGAAAUAAAAAUCAAUUGAUUAAAAAUUCAUUAAAUAUUUGACAAAUUCAGAUUAGAGCUAUAGACUCACCAAUAUUUUGUUUCGUUCCGUGAUAUUCGGUUAGAAAUAAAAGUACUUUUAAAUUCUGCAUUGAAUUUUCCAACACAACACUAAUUUUCACAAAACUUCGUUACUGCCUAAUGGCAAGUUCGUUCAAUAAAACGAGACACAGGCGCAGAUUGGCUGCGAUCUCGUUCCUAUCGAAUAUUUCAUUAGAUGGCACACAUAGGGAUACUAAACUUGGAGCAACAAUUGGCAUCUGUGGAGCAGGUGCAAGCUAUAACGCAACGGCAAAGGGAUUACAGGGCAACGCAACAACUGACGGCUGCAACGACGGUACUUACCACGCUCAACAGAAAUAUCAUCAUAAUACCACAUCAUCAUAUCCAUAUCAACAGCAGCAACAUUUCCAACAACGUCAUUAUCAUCAACAGCAUUUUCCCGAUAAUCAAUAUAACAAACAGCAGCAACAACAGAAAUCACAACAAAAUGGUAACAGCUAUAUUGGGAGAGUUGGGCCAACAUCAGCGUCCAGUACUUUAUUCACUGGGUGCGAUGAUGCGAAUAUGGACAUACUUGGUGGUAGUGGAGAUAGUGCAGGUAGUGUCGAUGGUGAUGGGCAUUUUAGUGAAAUUGAGAAUAUGGGUCAACACUUGAUAAAUACUCAAUAUGGCAACGCUAGAGGCGAUGUUGGUAUUAAAGCAAAAACAGCAGCAGCCGAUAAAUCACUUACGGCAAUGUUGGCAACAGGUUCUAUGGCGGAGAAGCGCAAUGCUAAGCGACCGCAAGCUAAUGGUCGACAUCAAGGCAAUCAGAAUUGCAAACAAACUUCUUCUGGCCUAAUGGGCAGUGGCAAUAAUAGUUAUAAUAGAAAUUAUCAACAACAACAGCAUAAUCAUCAGAUCGCUGGUGGUAGUGGCGGCUCGGGUGCUGAAAGUGGCAGCGAUUCUGAUAGCAUGAAGAUACCAAUGAAGGUAUCCAACUUUGGAACUGGUAUAUUGAUGCCAUUGCGAGAAAGUUAUAUCGCGGCAGAAAGGCAAAUGGUGUUUCACAUACGACACUACAAAUCGUAACAGUGCAUCCAGUCCAUCACCUGACAUCAAAUUAGACUUGGAUGAAAAUCUGCUUAUAGGAGGCAGUGAUGCUGGGCGUGGUUUAUCUUAUCAACAAUAUUCGGCUAAUAUACUGGAUGAUCCCGAAUUGAUUGCUGGCAAGCAUCGCACUUUAUUGACAUUCACUUCUUACAUGACUUCGGUUAUUGAUUACGUGCGUCCUUCGGACUUGAAAAAGGAACUUAAUGAUAAGUUUCGAGAGAAAUUUCCGCAUAUACAGUUGACUUUAAGUAAACUAAGAAGUAUCAAACGUGAAAUGCGGCGUAUCAAUAAAAUCGAUAAUCGUAUUGAUUUGGUUACUAUAUCUCAAGCAUACGUUUACUUUGAGAAAUUGAUUUUGGCUAAUUUAAUCAACAAAGACAAUCGAAAACUGUGUGCCGGAGCUUGUCUCUUGUUGAGUGCCAAAAUGAAUGAUGUGAAAGGUGAAUCAUUAAAGAGUUUAAUUGAGAAAACGGAAAACAUAUUUCGUGUAAAUCGUAAGGAGUUGAUUGCUUCAGAAUUUGCUGUGCUAGUGGCACUGGAAUUCAGUCUGCAUGUACCAUUGCACGAAGUGUUACCACACUAUCAACGUUUGCUUUACGAAUCAUAGAAUUGGCCUAAACGCUUUAUUGAAAAGCGUAUAACCGCUACAACGCGUUACUAUUUUCGGCGUAAGAGCACCAGGAAAUGAAGUACUGGUUCUGUUUUUGGAGUUAACGAUUUUUAUAAUUAAACGAAUUUCUUUUUAUACUACUUUGGUGCACAGGGUUUUUUGUUAAAUUUAAUUUAAUUUCUUUUUGUUAUAUACAAUAUUUUGUGACAUUUUUACGUAAUUUAAUAUGUUUACAGAUUUUUUUUACAAUGAUUUUACUUAAUAGUUUAGUGCAUGUUAAUAUAUUGUUUUUAUUUACAAGUAUUUUUAUAACUAUUAAUAAUAACUAGUGUUAGUUUAUAAUUUUUACAAAAUCAAUUUAACAUUUUAUAGAUUAAAAGAUUUUAUACGAUAGUGGUUAUAUGGUUAAGAAUAAUGAUAAAAUUUAUAUAUUGGAAUUUUUCUAUGUAAUGAUAUUACAACGGUUAUUUUAUAAAUAUCAUACAUCUGUAGUUUUCCUAGUAAAAGUUAUAAAACAGAAAUCAACACUUUUAAACGAAAAAAAAA